AUGAAACUCACAAAAGCUUUGUUGCCAUUCUCCGUCCUUGUGGCUACAGUUGCUUCAGGGAGAGUUAUGCUCACUAGCAUCGAACCCAUCGGCCCAAAGUUCGAUGCAAGGUGCCGGGCAGCUACCUCAACCCGCGCUGAAUGCGUGCACAGAGCUGAUGUCCAUCAGCUGAAAGUAAACAACGUCAAACGCAACAUUGAGUCGACAGUUGGAAGCACCGUGGUUAAGGAAUCAGUGACCUACAAUCUCACUCUCGGAACAUCAUAUUCAAGCACUUGCACAUCUGAAAUCGCUGAAGCCACAAAGCUUCCAGUUACCCCAAGACUCGGCUUCCCUGCUUGGGUGAUGGAUCCCUUGACACCGCCGUAUCCUACCGUGACUCGAUCGCGCCUCAGCAAUGCAACUAUUCCGACCAUUGGAAAUGAUGACAUGCUCACAUCCACCAAAGCUAAUGUCACCUCUAGCAAUACUUUCAACAAGUCUGCCACCGUGACUGCAACCAUAUCUCCUACCACCAAGCCCAAUGGUUCCGGUCACAAUAAUGUGAAAGAGUUGAUUCUUCCCCUCAUUGUUGCUACCAUUCUUUUCUACGCAGCCUUAUGA